AUGGCGAGUAGCACGUCUAGCGAGUCUGAUUUCGAAGGCGUCGAGAUGUCAGCCACACCGACAGUGUCCAUCGACCCGGACUCAGUUACUACAAGUUCGCUGCACGCUCUACAAUCUGCAGAUCAACGCAAAGUUAUGGAUAUCGUAGACAAGCUGCGACGUACAGGGCUCAGUGGCAUUGUGGAACUACCUCAGCUUGUAGUCUGCGGUGACCAGUCAUCCGGUAAAAGUUCUGUGCUCGAAGCUAUCACUGAGAUCCCGUUUCCUCGCAAGGAAAACCUGUGCACAAGAUUCGCGACUGAAAUCAUCCUCCGUCGCUCUGCAUCGUCGACCAGCACGAUCACGAUCACUCCAGACAAGCUUCGCCCGAAGUCGGAGCAAGCCAAGCUCAAGUCGUUCAGCAAGUCCAUGAACGACUUUAGUCAGCUCCCAGAUGUGAUUGAAGAGGCGACGCAAGUGAUGGGUCUCGGGGUCGUAGGUGGGAUCAAUUCAAGGGCAUUCUCUCGUGACGUGCUGUCGAUCGAGAUAACUGGCCCAGCCAGGCCGCAGCUAACUCUUGUCGAUCUUCCGGGCCUCAUCCAUGCGACCAACAAAGCGCAAACGGAAACCGAUAAGGAGCUGAUCCUGAACCUGGUCAAGGAAUACAUGAAGAAUCCGCGCACCAUCAUCUUGGCAGUGGUCAGCGCAAAGAACGAUUACGCUAAUCAAAUCAUUCUUGACCAUUGCCGCAAGAUCGACGAGCAAGGCCGCCGCACCCUUGGUAUCAUUACCAAGCCCGACUUUCUCCGUGAAGGAACCGACAACGAACAAGCCUGGAUCGAAUUGGCGCAGAACAAGGACAUCUACUUGGAGCGCGGGUGGCACAUGCUUAAGAAUCGUGGUGAUGAUCAGAUGAAGUUCUCUUUCGAGGAACGCAACGCAGACGAGGACUUGUUCUUUAGCAAAGGUCGUUAUGCCGAUCUGCCCCGUGAGUGCGUUGGCAUCGACUCCUUGCGCGAGCGUCUCAGCAAGGUGCUGCUUAACCAUUUGAUCAAGGAGCUCCCUUCUCUAAAGGACGAGAUGGUCAGCAAACUUCAGAGUCCCAUUGCCGAGAUUGAGAAGCUAGGCGACAAGCGCGACACCACUCAUGAGCAACGCAUGGUUCUGAUGAAGAUCAGCAUGCGCAUCAGCGACACCCUCAAAUCUGCUACUCAAGGCUACUACGAGUCGCCAUUUUUCGGAUCGAUCAAUAUGGACGCAGCUAUAGAUGCGCCCGAGAACAUUCGCCGCUUCCGAGCCGUGAUUCAAUACCUCAACAUCCAGUUUGCCAACGAUAUGCGCUUGAGGGGUCAUAAGUACGCGUUUGGAGCUGGACCCGGUGAUGAAGAGCGAGAAAUCGAAGAGGACAGAAAAGUGCAGGAAGAACUUGACAACGUCGCCGAACAUCCGAGACUUGUGUUCCUCCCCAGGCCCACAAAGCUCACACGUCAACAAGCCAUUGAGUGGGUCAAGAAUAAUCUAGAGCGAUCUCGUGGCCACGAGCUUCCUGGCACGUUCCAACCAAUGCUGAUAUCGCAGCUUUUCUGGGAGCAGUCUCAGCCAUGGGAGCAGAUUGCAUCUCAGCAUGUUACCACAAUUGCGAGUGCUUGUAAGGAGUUUGUCGAUACUGUGCUGCAAGAUGCCGCUCCAUCUGAGUUCGAAGACAAGCUAAGAACUCUCUAUGUGGAUGGUGCUUUGACUGAGGCCCUUGCUGGCGCGCAACAAGAACUGAAAAAGGUUCUGAAAGACAAAGCUCGUCAUCCCACCACUUACAACCAUUAUUUCACCACCACUGUCCAAAAGAUGCGUCAACGCAAAAAUCAGAAGAUCACUGAGAAAGCCUCGGAAGCCUCAGAAGUCAGCAUGUUCGAUCCUGACUAUGGGCCACGUACACCUCUUGACCCUGAUAAGCUUGCAGUAGCUAUGGACAAAGCGAUAGAGCCAGAUAUGGACGUCUUCUCAAGCCAAGAAGCUCUUGAUACUGAGCGCGCAUUCUACAAGGAUGAGGUGAAGUACUUUGUCAGUGCCGUCACUAAGGCUGUCAUCGAGCGUCACUUGGUCGAACCUCUCCCUGAAAUCAUUCUUUCGCCUCUGGUCGUAACGCAAAUGACAGAGAAAGAGGUCGGAUUUGUCGCUGCUGAGCCUCCCGAGAUUACGCAGCAGCGCUUCCACCUGGAGUCUAGAAAGUGUAUGUUGGAGAGAGGUUUGGAGACUUUCAGAGAAGCUAUGGGUGGACUGAAGCGAUAG